CAAAAUUAGAGGAAUUUUUCUGUCACAGAGGGUGCCAGGUGGUAUAGAUUGAAACACUCCCACCUGAAACAGGGAAGUUGUGGUUCUCUCAAGAGUAAUGGAGGGGUGUUACAUACAGUACUUGCCACACUGGUCUUCUCUCGGCAUGGCGAGGGGUGUUACAUACAGUACUUGCCACACUGGUCUUCUCUCGGCAUGGCGAACUCAAGUUUAGGUGGUCAUUAGGUAUAUAAGAGAGGAACCUUUUUUGUCUGCAUAUUACUGAGGACCUGGGGCUCCUACAUUACUGGACCUCCAGCAGCCCAGAAAGAUGGUUGUGUUUGGUGUCGGAGAUUCAUGCCAGCAUCUGGGGAGAAACAUCACCACUCUGUUGGCACCUGUUGCCUGGCUGGGAGCACUGCUGGGUGUCUUCCCCUACAGCAGGAGGAGAGCCACUAUUGAUCCUGGAGAGUCCCUGGCUGACAGUCCAUCAUCACUGAUCCAAGCUGAAACAGACAAAGAGGCGCGUGAGAGAGCAGCACCAACGAGCCCUCACUCAGCUGACCCACCGUACCGCUUUGUGUUUUGGAGCUUCCGGUCUACUAUUGUUGCUGUCUGGCUCAGCCUCGUGCUUCUGGGAUAUUUCCCCAUGAUGUUUACCAUGGAGCAAGAGCCCGUCACUGACACAGAAGGUACCGGUAUUCUCCACAGCCUGUCCUACACCUCAUGGUUCUCCCUUAUAGUGAUGUACUUUGGUUGGUGGGCAGUGAUCAGUCAUCGCAGAGAGUUUGAGUCCCACCUAGCAGCCAUGGAAAAGUACCCCACAGCCUUCAGGGAUAACCGCUCCUGCCUCGUGCUGAUGCUAGGUCUGAUUUUCUUCCUCUUCAACCUUGUCCUGCAGAUGGAUGUCACUAGGAGGGCCCUCCCAGCCAAAGAUAUACCUACUCUCUUCUUUUAUAUGGGAAUGGCAGCACAUUUCUCAGGUAUGGAGAACGUCAUGAUAAGUGUGUUGUGGGUGUUGCUGGCUCACCACACACACCAACUCCACUCUGCCAAUGCCACUCUCUCCUAUGCCCUCCAGUCUUCUGAUCUCUGCUGUCUCCAGACUUCCAGGAAGCUUGUCAUGCAGGCCAGGGGGUUGUGUAAUGGUACUGAGGACCUGAUGAAGACUGGGAUCAUGCCUCAGUUAUUGCGGACAAGCACCUACCUGUGUUAUUCACUGGCCAUUGGCUACCUGAGCCUGGAGCAACCACAGGUGGCAGUGAUGUGGGAAAACACCUGGAUAAGAUAUACCCUGGUCCUCAUUGCCAUCAUUCAGUUCAUCUUCACCUUCUUCCUUGGUCACCAGUGUUAUAUGGCAGGAAACGCAACCAUUCAUCUUCUUCAGGGCAAGGGUGAAGGGCACGAUCAGUAUUCUCGGGAGGUGAGUGGUAUCCGGCGGGACCUUCUCACCGCACCUUUGGUCUUCACCGUUAAUGACUUCAUCAACCUGACCCUUCCCAACUUGUGGAAUUUGCUACAGUUCUUGAUCACUCAAGUGGUCAUUUUGGUGCAGUUUACUCAGUAUGACCUGGACUCUCCCCUCGUUGAAGCCACCAGCAACACUACCACCACAAUCUGAAGUUUCUCACAGUGAGAUAGAGGGAGGAAGUUGGGGCCAAAAAAUUAUGUGAAGCUUCGUGAGUGACUGCUGCCAGCUUGAGCCAGACAAGAACUUCAAGCUGAGUAAGGGUCAGGGUCAGGUACAGUACUUGUAGAGCUGGCCACUGCAGUUUAGAUAAAUCACUCAUUUAAAAGUGGGAGAAAAAAGUAAAUUGUGACAAUUUGCUGUGGAAGUACAAUAAUUGUAGGGGAAAACAGGGAAGCUUCCGUAAUAUACAGUACUGUAGUAAUAUGAAGUUAUAACACAAAUUAUGCACAAUAGUUGAAGGAGCUGUAAUGGUAGAGUAGGAAACAACCCUUAUUAAACCAUGAUGUAGUAAACAUAGAAAACAUCACUUGCAGUUUUUCUCUGCAUUGGAAACUAACUUUUUUUAACUACUUUAGUACAUUCACAAAAACACCAUAAAUUGUCAUAAAAUGUCACAAGGUGAGUAAUUAGAAUAACAAAAGUAAUUAUUAUUUUAUAAGUCAUUAAUGUAGCUCAGGUAUCUUACAUGAUUUAAUGGGAGAAUGAGAAGCCACAUGCUGACUCUUACUCAGGUGGUUUAUUGUUAUUGUUGUCGUACCACGUGUCAAACACAUUCAUGAUUACACAGGCCUAAACACAUUCUAACUUUGGUAAAAAGUAACAUAAUAUAUAAUGUAUAUAUAAUCAAU